CCUCCUCCUCGGCCUCCCCCAAGGCCUCCCUCCGGACCAGGCGGCUGACUAGGAGUCCUACCAUUGCCAUGGUGCAGGUGACGGAUGUCGAAAAGGCCAACAUCCAGAGUAUCUGGUCCAAGAUGAUGGAGAACCUGGAGAAGAACGGCAUAGACAUCUUCACUAGGCUCUUCAGAGAAUACCCAGAGACAAAGAAGUACUUCAAGAACAUCCCGUUAGAGGGAAACUUGCAGGAAGACCCUCUCCUUCGUUCCCACGGCCGCCGUGUCAUGGUGGCCCUCAACCGCAUCAUCCAGAACCUGGACAACUGGAAACAGGUGUGCAAGAUCCUCAACCCCCUGGCCGAGAAGCACAAGAUCAUCCACUCUGUGGAUGUGGAGAAUUUCCAGUUCAUGCUGAAGUGCGUCGGGGACGUGUGCCAAGACUACCUGGGCCCCUGCUACACCCCGGAGAUAGCUGAGUCCUUUCAGAAGCUGCAGUCGUCCCUCUACGAUCAGGUGGUCAUCACCUACCUGCACUCUGGCUCCGACUAGCCGCGAGGAAGCCGACGAGGGAGAGGGAGCCCGGGAAAGAUUUGGCCACCGGAGGGAGGAGUGGAAAGGGUCCACACCAGGACCGUGGUGAGGUGGAGGGAGGACAGAGGGGGGUGCCUAUGUUCAGAAGGGAUGUCAGAAAUAAAUAUCUACUGGUUUGGGAAAUAAAUAUCUACUGUUGGGAAUGUG